CGUCAAUCAACUGAACCUCACCAGCCUCUGUCUCGGUGUUCGACGCUCCCUCCUCUCAACCACUCCUCCGAGCAGGUCAGGCACAUUCCUCGAUACCUGCUUUCCAACCGCUGCAAGCAUUUUCCACUUACUCCGGUCUUUAACUCGGGCUGGUGUCUAGUUCCUAGGCUUGUCCUUCCGUCUUCUCUCUCAAGGACGGCCGCGUCACCAUCCACGUCCGCCUCCUUCCAUUCGAUUAUAGGAACCUUUUUUUUCCCUCCAUAACCCUUCACAAUGUCCGAAUAUCUGACUCCUCCAUCGUUCCUGACGGACAAUUCCGUCGCCGCAGCACUCAAGGAUGCCUACUCGUCGUUCUCCGAGCGCAGGGCCGCCCUCGGCCUGUCUAACCCAGGAACCGUGGAGAACAUCGCCCGGGAGGUGCAAAAGGAUGUUCUGCUGUCAAACUUCAUGUUCACAGGACUUCGUGCCGACUUGACUAAGGUCUUCGGAAUGUCUCCCUUGUUCCGUGUGUCGCAUGCGUUCUCCAUGGGCUCGUCCGGAAAUCUGCCUCCGUACAACUUCUCCGCCAUGUAUGGGAGUCCGAAGGUCUUCAUGCAAGGUAACAUUGGAAGCGAUGGUGGGCUCGCUGCUGUUGCCAACUACCGUUGGACCCCUAAGUUGGUCACCAAGACCAACACCCAAAUCAUGGCCGGCUCCAGUCAAGCUCUCAUUCAGGUCGAUCAGGACUACACCGGUGAUGACUUCUCCGCUUCUCUCAAGGCUUUCAACCCAUCUCUCCUGGACGGAGGUCUCACUGGUAUCUUCGUUGGCAGCUAUCUUCAAUCCGUUACUCCCAGCCUGGCACUUGGUUUCGAAGCGAUCUGGCAGCGCCAGGGUAUGAACACUCGUCCGGAGAGUGCACUUUCAUACAGUGCUCGGUACAAGGCCAACGACUGGAUUGCCAGCGCUCAACUUCAGGCUCAGGGUGUUCUCACUGCCUCGUACUGGAAGAAACUUUCUGAGCGCGUUGAGGCCGGUGUCGAUAUGAACUUGCAAUUUGCUCCUAACGCCGCUGCUGCACUGAUGGGCGGUCCCAGCCGUGAUGGCACCACUGCUAUUGGUGCCAAGUACGAUUUCCGUGCUUCUACGUUCCGUGCUCAGGUCGACAGUGCCGGAAAGGUCAGCUGCCUUCUCGAGAAGCGUAUAGCCAUGCCGAUUGCCCUUACUUUUGCCGGCGAGAUCGAUCAGGCCAAGCAAACGGCCAAGCUCGGCCUUGCUGUUUCCCUCGAAAUCGCUGGCGAGGAAUUGAUGGAGCAGCAAGAGAAGGUUGAGGCCCAGGGCAUGAUCCCUCCUCCUUUCUAAAAACGCCCUAGCACGUAGCUGGGCCUAAUGACUCCCACACAAGCGUGGGAGCUAGGAGCUAUCGUUUUUUGCCUGCCCCUGGCUCAUAUAUUUUUCAAUCUCUGUUUUAGUAGCUCUUCUCUCUCCAUGUGUAUCUUUGGAAGGUGGUGUGUCACCUCGGUUAAUGCCCAUGAGUGCAGUUUUCUGCAGUCAUUUUCACGCCACGGAACCCAAUUUUGUAUAGAUGCUUUCUUGAUUCGGUCGCAGUUAUUUCAUAUUCUGUCUAUGGCUUCGGUCCCAUGAUCUCACUUACCUUUGUUCCUUCACGUUUUUCUUUUCUUUCUUCCCCCUUCUCGAUGGUUACCUCGGCGGAUUAAGAGGACUACUGAGCUUGCAUGGAAGCAUCACCUGUGGGAAGUUCUUGCUGUUACCUGAUGCAUCAUAGAUGGGGUAAUGUAAAAGAAAAAAAGAUUGUGAUGCUUAUUAAAAUCCAUCCCUUG